CUCCGCGGUUCUUAUCCCGCUGCCCACCGGGGCCGGUUCUAGCCACAGCUGGGGGCCGCCUGCAUCUCUGCUUCAGAUGAGCGUUCCCGUGGCUUACCUGUCUGGCCUCCCCUCUCUCGUCUCUUUCCUGCCUCGCCUCUUUUCACCAAGCAACAAUGUCAGAAGGGGACAGUAUUGGAGAAUCUGUUCAUGGCAAAUCUUCAGUGGUCUAUAGAUUUUUCACAAGACUUGGACAGAUCUACCAAUCCUGGCUGGACAGAUCUACUCCAUAUACAGCAGUACGAUGGGUUGUAACUCUGGGUCUGAGUUUUGUCUACAUGAUUAGAGUUUAUCUACUACAGGGUUGGUACAUUGUGACAUAUGCCUUGGGAAUCUACCACCUAAAUCUCUUCAUAGCUUUCUUGUCGCCAAAAGUAGAUCCCUCUCUAAUGGAAGACUCAGAUGAUGGUCCUUCAUUACCCACAAAACAAAAUGAGGAAUUUCGACCCUUCAUCAGAAGGCUGCCAGAGUUUAAAUUCUGGCAUUCUGCUACUAAAGGCAUUCUUGUUGCAAUGGUAUGUACGUUCUUUGAGGCUUUCAACGUUCCGGUGUUCUGGCCAAUCCUUGUGAUGUAUUUCAUUAUGCUGUUCUGUAUCACUAUGAAGAGACAAAUCAAGCAUAUGGUAAAGUACAGGUAUAUACCCUUCACACAUGGCAAGAGGAAAUACAAAGGGAAGGAAGACAUGGGAAAGACCUUCGCUAGCUAGAAGCUGGAGCCUGUUGACUGACUCUACAUAUAACUAAAAGAACGGUUUUGAGCCAUUGUAACAAUGCCUUUUUUCUUCAUAUAAAGUAAUUAAGAGGGUGGUGACAAAGCAGUUGAAUUUAUUUUAGGAGGAUCUUUCUAUUUUUGUCUGAAGUAUCAGUUUCUUGAAGAAACUGGCAUUCUAACCAAAUUGCAUUAGGUUAAUUAUCUUUCAUAACAAGUUGGAGAAUCUUCGGUAUCCCACUGAUUUGGGAUCAUGUGUUGCUUUCAAGGUCCACUGCAGACAUUGUGGCAUUGAGGAUGCUAAUGGUACAAUUAAGAUUUUUUUACAUGGUGUUCCUGCCCCGUAUGACUGAGGUGCUGUGCACAUAUAUGGAGGCAAAUAGUAGGGUGGCACACGUGAUGCUGUUGUCUGCUUCAUAAUUGUGUGCUAAGUUCAUACACAAGUCUGAUAGGCCUUAAUAUAUAGAAUUUCAGCUGACAAGGUACAUGCGUGGUAUCGCUGGGGUUUCACCAAAUUAGUAAAGAGUAGAUACGUUUUUUUAAAAAAAUCCUAAAUUCUGUUUGUUCCAGAAGGGAAAUAACGAUCCGUAUAGCUCCUAAGGAAACUCAUUUAUGUUAGGUUCUAAUGCCAGUUUCCCUAUUGCAUCUCAUGGCAGAUGCUGAAAUUGGGCUAAUUCAUAAUGACUCAAAACUUUGUUCUUAAACUAUCAUGAUUUCUUUUGAGGGCCUGGAAUUAUAAAUAUAUAUAUUUUAACUGUUAUUAGUUGGAGAAUAUUUUGACUUGUUUCUUUGAUACUUAAGGUUUUUUUGAUUAACUUAAGUUUGCUUAAUGCAGCCCAUUGAGAAUACACCCAAACUGGCCAUAGCAGACAAACUUUGUGGGUUUUAACAGCUUUUCAUUUUCUAUGAAAAAAUAUAGAAAUAAAUGACCUGCAUGUAAACUUUUUGAUGUGAUACAGGAACAAACAAUUUUAUUAAGUGACUUUUUAAUUCCAAACUUUAUUAAAAGACAGUUGUCCCCCUUUCUUGUUUUAGUCAUCUUUAUAUAAAAUAUAUUGGGCUCUACUAUUUAUAGAUUUGUCAUUUUUAAAUGAUGUCAGUACUUACAUUUUCCUUCUAUUUAAUUCAAGAAACACACUCUUAAGAGAUCAUUCGGUAGAACUAAAGGUGCUAGUAUGAGAUAAGUCCUUUGAAUGACUACAUAACUUAGUGGCAGCUUCAACAGAUACCUUUUGUGGAACGUGUACAAAGGAAUGGCUGUUUGGUUGUGCAGAAUGAAAAGCCAAAAGGAAGCCCUGUAUAUCCUUAAUUAGAUUCAGCCUGCUGUAACAUUUAACUGGUAUCGUGGAAAUCUUUUUUUUAUUUUUUAUAAAGUGAACUUAAACCUGAA